GGACUAAUCCGAUGAUCCCGGUGGAAAACACGGAUAGUGUGGUGGAGCACGUUGUUUUGGUCCAUAAAUCCGUGGGUGAAUUCAGCAAACAAUUUCUACAGAAAUUGAGGCGUAGCAACUAUGUAACCCCCAAAAACUACCUGGACUUUAUUAACACGUAUUCAAAACUGCUGGAUGAGAAAACUCAGUAUAACAUAGCUCAGUGCAAGCGUCUGGAGGGGGGGCUGGACAAGCUGAAGGAGGCCACCAUCCAGCUGGACGAGCUGAACCAGAAGCUGGCUGUGCAGAAGGUCGUGCUGGCGGAGAAGUCGGCCGCCUGUGAGGCCCUGCUGGAGGAGAUCGCCACCAACACGGCCAUAGCCGAGGAAAAGAAGAAGCUCGCAGAAGAAAAAGCCAUGGAGAUAGAAGAACAAAACAAGAUCAUCGCAGUGGAGAAGGCUGAGGCCGAGAUGGCCCUCGCUGAGGUCAUGCCCAUCCUAGAGGCCGCCAAGCUGGAGCUGCAGAAGCUGGACAAAUCGGACGUGACCGAGAUCAGGUCAUUCGCUAAGCCCCCCAAACAGGUGCAGACGGUGUGUGAGUGCAUCCUCAUCAUGAAAGGGUACAAAGAACUCAACUGGAAAACUGCCAAGGGCAUGAUGUCUGACCCAAAUUUCCUGAGGUCUCUGAUGGAGAUUGAUUUUGAUUCAAUCACCCCGAGCCAGGUGAAAAAUAUCAGAGGCCUCUUGAAGACUCUCAAUACCACAACUGAAGAAAUGGAAGCUGUGAGCAAAGCAGGCUUGGGGAUGCUGAAGUUUGUUGAAGCUGUGAUGGGCUACUGUGAUGUUUUUAGAGAAAUCAAGCCCAAAAGAGAAAAG